UCAUAAAUGCUUUAAGAGACUGAGAAGCAAAACCCAAAGACGGAAAAGAAUCCUUUUUCUUUCCAUGAAGGACUUUGAAGGCAUCAUUUGCCGUGAAAUUUUUUGGGAAAAAAAAUGCACGUUUGAGUGAAGAUUACCUCGUGGAAUCCGUGGUUGGUGCGUGGGGCAGACAGGAGAGAUGAGCCGCUUCCUGAACGUCUUGCGGAGCUGGUUAGUGAUGGUGUCCGUCAUCGCGAUGGGAAACACGGUGCAAAGUUUUAGAGACCACAGCUUCUUAUCAGAAAAACUCUACACGGGCACUCCAGAGUUUGUGAAUGGCCUUCAAGCUCGCACUUUUGGAAUAUGGACUUUGCUGUCUUCGAUCAUCCGCUGUGCCUGUGCCAUUGACAUUCAGAACAGAACGCUGUACCACAUCACCUUAUGGACGUUUGUGCUGGCAUUGGGCCAUUUUCUGUCCGAAGCCUUCAUCUACAAAACUGCACCACUCACUAUUGGAGUCAUGGCUCCACUUAUUGUUGCAAGUUUUUCUAUCAUCGGAAUGCUCAUUGGAUUCCAGUGUUUUCCAGAGACUCAGGAGGAGGAGACGGCACGACAGAAGAAACGGAACUAGCGUAUACUUUUGACCCAAAACAACUCCAGCACUGAACCGUCAGCCGACCCUUCUUCCCAUAAAAAACAAAACUGCUCUAUUUUGUCUUCUGAAAAAUGCCCUUUUAUACCAAUAUCCUGAUAUUUUCACAAAAUGAACAAUUCUAGAGCUUUGGGUCACUCUGUUGUAGUCAUUUAUGGUAUAUAUUUCAUAAAUAAAUACUAUUCCAUAUUUUUCCAGCACCAUAUGGAAACCAAAGAACCCAUAAAAAAUCAAAAUAACUAGUUAUUACCCAUUUCUGCUUUUGAGUGAAUGGUUUUGUGCAUAAACUAUUUCAAAAGAAUUUAAAAGGAAAUUUGAUCUUUUGUUAUUGCUUUUCAAUAAUUUUUAUGGACAUUUCAAGUGACCAUUGCUGUGAACAUGCAUCAUUUCUAAAAAAAAUAUCUUUUUGACUUUGCCAUUCAACUUUACUGCCAUAUUCUGCACUAUAUUUGGAUUAAAGCAGAAAUUUUACACUUUUUUUCCGUUAGCCAGUUCAAACAAAUUACAGUAGAACAUUUUAUGACAUAACAUUCUGUAACUAUAUAAUUAAAGUCAUAUUACUAAACAAC